UUUGUGCUCUUUUUCUCACAAAAUCGUAUAGUCGUGUAAAGAACACGCUGUAAUGUCUGUUUUAUUGAGACGAUAUUACAAACUCGGCAUAAAAUGUUACCGCUUAUUUCGAUAAUUGCUAGCUAGAUGUAGUCGACGUAUCAAUAUUUACAUCAAAUGGGAAACUGUUAGCUAGAUGUCGCCGAAGAAUUAAUAUUUACAUUCAUAUGAAAAACGAUUUCUUACGUCCUCUAUUAUACUUUUCGACGAAAGAUUCUUGUAUUAUAUUCAGUUACACGCGUGCAGUCGUUUGAAGCAAACACAAUGCCACCAAAUAUUGGAUUUAAGAAGCAUAUGUGGAAAUAUUAUACAAAACUGCCGAAUUUUAAAGCGCAAUGCAUGUUUUGCGAAAAGAAAUACACUUAUAUAAGCAGUUAUACAAACUUUUAUCAACAUGUUGCAAGACAUCAUAUAACAAUUUGGAAAUACGAAGAAAAGAGAAAAGUAAUGAAGGAGCCAUGGAUGUAUUUUAAGUAUUUAAACAAAUUAUAUUCACAAUGUAUUAUUUGUGAUGCAAAUGUUUUGUCGACCUUUAAAUCUGUAAAAAAUCACCUGAAUUUGCAUUCUGGAGAACAACGGAAGAAUUAUGCAUAUCAAAAUUGGUCACGGAAAUAUUGGACACAAGAAAGUGAUUUUGUGGUGGAGUGUAAUGUUUGUCAUGACAAUGUAUCUUUUCCUCUUCAUUCUAUUAUGGGUUGUCAUAUAAAAAAGACACAUUUGGACAAAUUCAAAAAUACGCAAGAAAUACAUGACACAGUUGGUACGUCAGAACUCGUCCCAUCAUUUCAAACAGACUCAUUAUCUUUAAGUAUUACAACUAAAAAUCUGUGGAAAUAUUAUAUAAAACUGCCGGAUUUUAAAGCACAAUGCAUGUUUUGCGAAAAGAAAUACAAUUAUAUAAACACUACAAAAUUUUAUCAACAUGUUGCAAGACAUCAUAUAACAAUUUGGCAACACGAAGAAGAGAGGAAACAAAUGAAAGAGCCAUGGAUGUAUUUUAAGUAUUUAAACAAAUUAUAUUUACAAUGUAUGAUCUGUGAUGCAAAUGUUUUGUCGACCUUUAAUUCUGUAAAAAAUCAUUUGAAUUUGCAUUCUGGAGAACAACGGAAGAAUUAUGCAUAUCGAUGUUGGCCACGGAAAUAUUGGACACAAGAAAGUGAUUUUGUGGUGAAGUGUAAUAUUUGUCACAACAAUGUAUCUUUUUUAGUUAAUAAUACUGUGGAUCAUCAUAUAAGAAAAACACAUUUGGACAAAUUGAAAAAUAUGCAAGAAACACAUGACACAGUCGAUUCGUCAGAACGCGUGUCAUCAUUUCAAACGAACUCAAUGUCUUUAAAUAUUGCAACUAAAAAGCAUGUGUGGAAAUAUUAUAUAAAACUAUCGGACUUUAAAGCACAGUGCAUGUUUUGCGAAAAGGAAUACUCUUAUGUAACAUAUAGAAACUUCAAUAAACAUGUUACAAUACAUCAUAGAACAAUUUGGAAAUAUGAAGAGAGAAAACUAAUGAAAAAGCCGUGGAUGUAUUUUAAGUAUUUGAACGAACUAUAUUCACAAUGUAUUAUCUGUGAUGCAAAUGUUUUGUCGACAUUUGAAUCUGUAAAAAGACACUUGAAUUUACAUUCUGGACAACAACGAAAGAAUUAUGCAUAUCGAUGUUGGCCACGGAAAUAUUGGACACAAGAAAGUGAUUUUGUGGUGAACUGUAAUAUUUGUCAUGACAAUGUAUCUUUAUCUGUUCAUUCUUAUAUAGAUCAUCAUAUAAGAAAGACACAUUUGGACAAAUUGAAAAAUAUGCAAGAAACACAUGACACAGUUGAUUCGUCAGAACGCGUUUAAUGAAAGACUUAACUUUUAGAUCUUACUGUCGCGAGACAACUACUUUAAGAAAACAUACAUUUCAAAGUAGGCUAUAUGGGAAUACGUACCAGAAAAAAAAUCAUGAUUUUAGAAGUAGAGUAUGAUAUUUGUCACAGAAGCAUAUAUCUGUUGCUAUUAGAAUUCAUUUUAAUGACCAUAUCACAGGUGAACAUCUUUUGUCAAGCCAACUAAGCUAAAUAAAAAACAUGACAGUUUAUCCAGAAGGUGACAAUGGGAAUGAUGGUAUCGGCAUCCAGUUAGCAUCAGAACCAGCAAUAAUGGUGAUUUUGACGUUUUUAAUUUACCAAAAGAUAGAUACAAGAGUUGGAAUAUAUACUUUUGACGUAUUAUUUGUUUUAUAUUUAUAAAGUACAAUGAGUUUGUCCAGUUUACCACGAGUUUUGGUAACCAGUAAUGCAACAGCAGCAGCAGGCAUCAAAUUGCUUCAGAC